CUGAUCUGAUCUGAUCUGUGCGCGGCGGAGCUGCUGAUGGCUGAGAGUUUUCAGAAGAAAGGGUCUGACUCCGCUGACACAAUACUUAGGAAUGGGUUGAACAACAGAUAUCGUGUGUUGGAAGUCAAUGUGGUGCAGAGAAAUGGAAAUGACCCUGAGAAGCACUUAACAAUUACAGCAUCUCAGUCCCUGGAUGACACAGAGCUGUGCAUUCUUAGGAAUGGCUGGGAGUCUGUUCCAGUUGUUCCAGGAGACAUUGUUCAUUUAGAAGGGGAGUGUAGCUCUGGUACCUGGGUCAUAAAUGAACAGUCUGGCUACCUGGUCCUUCACCCAGAUUUGCUGCUUUCUGGCACUACGAUAUCAAACAGUAUUCGAUGUGUAAGAAGAGCAGUGCUGAGUGAAAAGUUUAGGGGCUCAGAGUUUGGUUCACGCCAUACACUCAUUGGCACAAUUCUUCAUGACAUUUUCCAGCAAUCGGUAACUAAUAACUUGACACAAGAAAAAGUGGAAGUACUAGCAAAUAAAAUAGUGUAUGGACAGAAAUAUCUCAAAGAAAUGUAUCACUUAAAUCUGAAACAAACAGAAAUACUGCAGGAGGUGCAAGAAUAUUUGCCAUCUUUUUUCAAAUGGGUAGAAGACUUCAUGCGCAAUCCAGAUAACCAAAACAAAAUGCAACUGAAACUGUCAAGUGAUGAAAGAAGAGAAGAUUACUCUUCCAAGAUAGAGAUAGUAGAUAUCUUGGAUGUUGAAGAGAAUAUCUGGUCUCCCAGGUUUGGGCUGAAGGGGAAGGUUGAUGUUACAGCCAGGGUGAAAAUCCACCGCCAGUCUGGAGUACAGUCUAGGAUAAUGCCUUUAGAGCUCAAGUCAGGCAAGGAAUCUAACUCCAUAGAGCACAGAAGUCAGGUUAUUCUAUAUACAUUGUUGAAUUUAGAACGGAGGAUAGAUCCUGAAGCUGGAUUUCUUCUUUAUCUUAAAACUGGCACUAUGUACCCUGUAUCUGGAGCUCGCAUGGACCGAAGAGAAUUAAUGAAGCUGAGAAACCACGUGGCCUUCUACUUAAUGCACAGUACAUAUAAAGCUGGUGGGGGAAGACAGCAUUCGCAGCUUGCUGCUUUGCCCCCUGUAGUUGAUGACAGUCAAGCCUGUAAAUUCUGUUCCCAAAUGCACAAUUGUUUUCUCUACAGCAGAGCUGUAGAACAAACAAUAGACAGUGUGUCUUUUCCUCCUGCUAUGGCACCUGUUAUUGAAAGAGAAACCCAGCACCUGAAACCCUCCCACUUGGAGUAUUUCAGCCUGUGGUAUCUAAUGUUAACCUUGGAACUGCAAAGUGGAGAGAGCAAAAAGGGUUAUAAAAAUAUAUGGACACUGCCUUCUGUGGAAAGAGAGAAGGCUGGAGAUUGUGUUGGAAACCUGAUCAGAGUUGAUGAAAUACAGGAAAUUUCUGAGGGACAGUACCUACAUCUUUUCCAACGUAGAAAUGGUGUCAUACCUGGAACAAACCUAUUGGUUGGUGAUCGAGUGGUUGUGAGUGGAGAGGAAAAUGGUUUACUUGGUUUGGCUACUGGCUACGUUAGAGGAGUCAGUGUGACGAAAGUCUCCUGUUUGUUGGGCAGGAAUUUGUCAAAACUCCCCAAGAAUACCAUAUUUAGGUUGGAUCAUGAAGAAGGAGAUCUUGGCAUAGGAGUCCCUUUUGAAAACCUUUCUAAAUUGAUGAAAAAUUGCCCAGUCAGUGAAAGGCUCCGCGACUUGAUAAUUGAUUUCCACAAGCCACGCUUUAUUCAGCAUUUGAGCUCUGUCCUUCCUCCAGAAGCAAAGGAAACUGUUGCAAAUAUUCUGAAAGGUCUAAACAAGCCUCAGAAACAAGCCAUGAAGCAAGUGCUACUUUCAAGAGACUACACACUUAUCGUGGGUAUGCCUGGAACAGGAAAAACUACUACAAUAUGUGCUCUAGUGAGAAUUCUUUCUGCUUGUGGCUUCAGUGUUCUUCUGACUAGUUUUACACACACUGCUGUGGACAAUAUCCUGCUAAAGCUAGCCAAAUUCAAAGUUGGUUUCUUGCGCUUAGGGCGAGCUCAGAAAGUUCAUCCAGACAUCCAGAAAUACACAGAGGAAGAAAUUUGCAGGUCCAAAUCAAUUAAAUGUGUAACAGACUUGGAAGAGAUCUAUAACAGUCAGCCAGUGGUAGCAACAUCUUGCAUGGGAGUAAAUCACCCCAUCUUCGAUCGGAAGCAAUUUGAUUUCUGUAUAGUUGAUGAAGCUUCCCAGAUAAGCCAGCUCACCUGUCUGGGCCCACUAUUCUGCUCCAAAAGGUUUGUGCUGGUGGGAGAUCACCAGCAGCUGCCUCCACUUGUACUGAAUGCAGAAGCAAGAGAUCUUGGUAUGAGUGAAAGUUUAUUCAAAAGGCUGGAACAAAACCAAAAUGCUGUUGUCCAAUUAACCGUGCAAUACAGAAUGAAUAGUAAAAUUAUGUCGUUGAGUAACAUGCUAGUGUAUGAAGGCAAACUGGAAUGUGGUUCCGAGAAGGUGUCAAAUGCCACUGUUAAUUUGCCCAACCUAAAAAACCUGAAACUGGAGCUUGCGGAUGUUUCAAAAACCUGGUUGAACGAAGUACUUAAUCCAGACAAACCUGUGUGCUUUCUGAACACAGAGAAGGUCCCAGCACCAGAACAUGCAGAAAAUGGUGGUGUAAGUAACGUGACAGAAGCCAAACUAGUACUCUUCCUCACAUCCUUAUUUAUUAAGGCUGGUUGUAAGCCUUCAGACAUUGGCAUUAUCUCACCAUAUAGACAUCAAUUAAAAACAAUUAAUGAUUUGAUGGCAAAAUUGAAGGAGAAUAGAGUGGAAGUCAACACAGUAGAUAAGUACCAAGGAAGAGACAAAAGUAUCAUCAUUGUGUCUUUUGUUAGGAAUAGCAAUGAUGAAAAUCUUGGCACCCUCCUGAAGGAUUGGCGACGCCUUAAUGUUGCUAUCACAAGAGCUAAGCACAAACUCAUCAUGCUGGGCUGUGUUCCCUCCCUUUGUCGCUAUCCUCCUUUGGAGAAGCUGCUCUGCCACAUGCAGUCUGAGGCAAUGAUCUUCAGUCUUCCCGCAGGGGCUCAUGAAAGUAUUCACAAGUGUAACAUUUUAUGAUUGUGGAGAUGAGGAGUUUUAGAGGCAUUUCUGUACUUCCUUCUGAUGCUGCUGAAUGUAAAUAACUGGUUAGUGCUGUAUGAGUGCUGGUGUAUGCUGUUUAAUCUGAACGAAGCCAACACAGAAAUCACAUGCAACUAUUUUAAAGACUUCCUUUCAGUAAAACAAAACCACUCGGUUCUUUCUUUAAGCUGGUUGUUUUAAUACUGGUGUACUUGUAACAAAUCAGAAACACGAAGCUCCCUGUUCCUUGAGAUACUGGAUGGCUACUUCUGUAUUUGCUUUUAUCCUGAUAAAUGGUUAUCAGCAUAAGUAAGUGAGGAAACACUGGAGGAGGAGUGGAGGGUAAACCAGUGCUGCAUUGAGACAUAGUUUUCUGGGCCCAGUUUGAUUUUAAAGAUGUCAAGACAUAGUUAAUAUAAAGCACUUCAAUUUAUUCAAAUUCCUUAAUGAGGUGCUGUAGUGUUGUACUGUUUGGGAAAAAAAAUAGGAAGAAUUUUUUCAGAUUCUCAUAUUGCUCUUUUAAAUGUGCUUCUGAGUUUUUUUAAACGAUGAAGUAUUUUAUAUUUGUGUACAUAAUGUAAAUUUCUCACAGGAAGAUUCCUGGAUAAUUUUUCUAAUCCCUUGAUUCUUGCAAAUAUCAGGGAGAAAUACAACGUUGAGUAACUUAGUUCCCUUUUAUGAACUAACCUAUUUAGCAGAUAAAUCUGAAAUGCUGCUCAGAUGCAGAUCACAGCACAACUCUGAUUUCAGUUUGUCCCAUCUGUAGUCUUGUCUUAAAAACAAAACCAAACCUCCAAAUUCCCAAGAAACAAACUAGAGGUGCAGCUUGGUGAAUAAGAAGUUUACAUGCUCAGGUUCUAUUUUUUUUUAAAGAUAGCAUCUGCACAAUACAAAAUACUGAAACCUCCUUUAUUUGACAGAUGUUAUUUAGUUUCAUUGUACUACCUCAUACUCUAUUACUGAGAAGCUUCUUUCCAAGCUCGCUGGUGGAAACAUCAAUGUUUAGAUUCUUCAGAAUCGUAUUAUUUGUUGUCUCUUAGAUUGAUGUCAAGUUGUGUGCACAUAGCAGCUAGGAGUUCCUCUGUAACUAAGUGUGGGCACUUCCUCUUUUGUAAAUGGCUCCUGAACUUCUGUAAUAUUUGAUAUAAUAAAAGUUUGAUGUUGAUUUCGUUA